AUGAGAGCAAGAGAACCCGGAAUAGAAUGGAAUGAAGGUCUCCUCGAAAUAGAUAAUGACGAUUGCAACGAUGUCGAUGGUUGUGUUCAAGUGCCCGAAGACAUGUUCUGUGACUCCGACAUUGUUAGGGAAAUAUUCAGAACUGCGCUACAUCCAAGCAAUACAUCUGAACUUUGCGAGAGGGCUAUACUAGCACCGAAAAAUGUGCAUGUGCAGAGCCUCAAUGACGUAACUCUAGACGCCUUAAAGAUGUAA